GCUGCAGUAUGGCUGCGUAUCAAUGAAACUGCGUGCAAUGGCAAGCUCACCAAGAUCAACAGUGAGCAGAGAUAACUAUAAACACUUAUACUUUGUUUAUUUGUAAAUAUUUAACAAUUCAACAACAGAAUCCAUCAGAUCUAUCUUUUUAAAUCAAUCUACUUUAAAACUAGGUGGUUUGAGCUGAUUUAAUAAGUAUGGAGGAAGUAACCAGUCUCUGGGUGUUUGGAUACGGUAGUUUGGUUUGGAAACCUGGAUUCCAGCAUGGACAAACAGCUGUCGGUCAUAUUGAAGGAUUGGCGCGAAGGUUCUGGCAGGGCAAUGAGACGCAUCGUGGCACUCCUGGUCGACCAGGACGGGUUGCUACACUAGUUGAGGAGGCAGGUUCGGUUACUCAUGGUCUAGCUUUAGAGCUAAAGGGAGAAGAAGCGCUGGAUUAUCUUAACAACAGAGAGAUGACCUUGGGAGGUUACAGGCAGCAGAUUGCAACAUUUCACCCAUCAGAGAAGGAGAUUCCAUCUUUUCCAGUUUUAGUAUUUGUUGCAACUCCCCAGUCCAAGCAUUGGCUUGGGCCUGCCUGUCUGCAAUCAAUAGCAAAACAGGUUGUACAGAGUUCUGGACCUAGUGGGCAUAAUGUGGAGUAUGUGAUUAAGCUCGCCAGGUGGCUCAGGAAAACUUUCCCAGACGUUCAUGACGAUCAUCUCUACACGAUCGAGACCCACGUCAUGAUCGAAAUGACGAUCAACAACAUGGAUAUCGACCUCCUCGUCGGCGAGGAUGAUGACGCGAGCACCGUCGCGAAUGCGAGCUCAGCUCCUCUAGCCGCAGCUCCAAGCGCGCGUGCGUCCUACUCGUCCUCCUGCACUGGGAAAACUCUACGUUGUGUCAAGCUUUAGGAUUAAUUUAACAUAUUCAUUCCAGCCUCGUCAUCCGACAUAUUCAUUCCAGCCUCGUCAUCCGACAUAUUCAUGCCAGCCUCGUCAUCCGACAUAUUCAUUCCAGCCUCGUCAUCCGACAUUAAAAACAUUCUGCAACUUGUCUCGUCUAAAUACUUGAUUAAGUUCUAACUAUUCAUUACAGUCCAACCGUCAAUAUUAAUCUCUAGCUUAUAAAACCAAUCUCGGCCAGUUUUCAACUCCAAACACAAAUCUCAAGCUUAUCCAAACCAAUCUCCAACCAGUACUACCAAUUAAGUAUUCAUCACAGUCCAACCGUUAAUAUUAAUCUCUAGCUUAUAAGACCAAUCUCGGCCAGUUUUCAACUUCUAAUACAAAUCUCAAGCUUACCUAAACCAAUCUCCGACCAGUUGUUCUACCAAUCUCAACAAUAAACAACUUACCAAUCCAGUGUUUUAAGGCACCUUAUUAUUAUUUAUAACUAUCAUGCGCUAAAAGAACUAUACUGUAUUAUUUUCUUGUCAAUCUCGACCAAUCUCAAUCAUUUUUAAUCAAUCUCAAUCAAAUUUAACCAAAUUUGUAUUUGAAACAUUCUGCCUAAUUUAAAUUAGAAAAAAAGAACAUUUUAAAACUUUUACUUAAUUUGAUUACAAUGUCGAUGCUAAUCUCAAAUCAUUAAAUUUCGUCUAUUUAUUUUGAUCUUGAUGAAAACAUCUUCAUUUAUAAUUCGAAAUAAAAAUCAACCAAAUGCAA